ACGCGCGGCGCGCCUGGCUGACUUCCUGUCAUGGCCGCGGCCAUGGAGGCCCGGCGGCGGCAUCGGCACCGGGAGGUGACCGGGCCCGUCCCACACUCAUUGGCGCUGAGAGCCAAGCCUUCUAAAGAACAAACCUGUGAAAAUUUAGUCUUGGCCCGCAGACAGAAAGAAAAGGAACUCCUUGAAUACGCGGAUUCCUUAAAGCUGUACAACCAUUAUCGCAAGGUCUACGAGUGGCAGCAACGCAAGGAACAAAAAUGGCUGCACAGUGCUGUGCAGAGAAGGAUGGAUGACACAAUGCAGGAGUAUCUGGCAAGGACCAAUGAGAGACGAGAGAGGCUUCGUGAGCUUCUGGAGGCAGAGGAAAGUAGGUACUUUGCUGAGAUGGAGUCACUUGAAGAAACGGUACUGGAGAAACAAGAGAAAAUGAGAGAGCGAGCAAAAUUACUGAGGGAGAAGAGAGAAAAAGAAAGACAACAACUGGUGGCUGAAAAACGAGAGCAGCAGUUCAGAGAACAAUGUGAGGAGCUUCGUGUACAGCAGAUGAAGAAGCGUCAGAAGGAACUGUGUGAAGACUGGCUGGCCCAGCUAGCUCUGAAGGAGGAACUGAAAAAGCAACAGAAGAAGGAGGAGCAGAUGUUCGCGGAGCUUUGGAAAGAGGAUAGGCUGGCUAAAGAAAAGCAAGAGGCGGUGGAGAUGCAGAAAUCGGCAGAACAGAAUCGGGAAAUCCUGAACGUGCUCAGUGCCCAGGUAGCGGUGCUCGGUGCUCGCCGAGAGGAGGCGAAGCGGCUGAAGGAUGAAGAGGCUCGAUUGCUGAGUUGGUCUAGAACAUUCAGCACAGACACAGGACAGAUAAUACAUGCAGAAACAGGAGGAACACAUGGCUCCGUAUCGGAAGAACAGCAGCAGCUGCUUAAGCUAGAAAAUGAACAGCUUCAUAUGGAGAAACUACAGAAACAGAAGGAAUGCAGGGAUACGUUGCUCAGUGCAGCACAGGACAAGAAGAAUCGUCUUAAUGAAGAAAAACAAGGUGAACUUGCCCUAGAGAUGAAGAUCUUAGAAAAAUCUCUUCAGGAACCCCAGGAAGACACUGCAGAGAAAACAAAAAGAAAACAAGAGCUGUUCAAGGAGCAACAGACUUACCUGGCACACCUGGCUCAACAGCGGGAGGAGGAGAAGCAGCGAGAAAAAGAAGUGGACAAGCUCCUCGAAGAAGAGAUGGCGAAGGUUUGGGCCAGGAAGGCCGAGCAAAUGCGAUUAGAAAAGGAGGCUAGAAAGCAGCUACUGAAAGAUGUCCUGGAUACAAGACAAUUGCAGAUGGAGGAGAAGCUGCAGAGAAAUGCAAAGGAGCAGGAAGAACUUGCUCAAGAGGGGAAGUUAUUAGCUGAAGCAAUCACAGAACUCAAGCAUAUAGAAGAAGAAAAACAUGCGAGAAAAGUAAAGGAAGCAAAAGAAUACCAAGAGCAACUCAGGGCUCAAAUUGCCUAUCGACAACAGACCCGUGAUGCUGAGGAGGAAGAGAAGCACCGAGAAUAUGAAUCAGGUCUAGCAGCAGAGCGAGCUUACCAAGAAAGGGUACAGGACAUCCUAUCAAGGCCUUGUGAGAAACUAGGAAAGACACACCCUUUGAGAAGAAAACUAAUGUCUAACUCGCAAGAAGAUAAUUUACAAUGAUUUUUUAGCUCACUUGGUUGCCUUAAAAAAAACCUUUCUAAAGGUGUUUGUAAAUGACUCGAAUUAGCUGACCCCUCUCCACCUGCGAUGCUCAAAAUAUUUAACUGGCAAAUACAAGAAACAUGGUAAUUUAAAGGUUUGGUUUUUUUCCCCUAUUGGAUUUUCUUUCACAAAAUUGACGGAUCCAAAUCAGUGUUUGAUGUUUUAAUACCAGAAUACUGUAUAUUCUUUGCAGUAAUGUAUUAUUAUGACACGAAUGAUAGGCAGGCGUUCUCUAAAAUCUGCACAAAGAAAACUUCGUAGAAGAGUUCCAGCAAACUUUUAUUAAAAAGCCUCUCAAACCGCAAA